AUACCAUUAAACCAAUUCCUUAACCCCCUAUCCCGUUUUGUCCAAGAAUUCGUCUCCGAUCCUUACGAUGGAGUUACCCUGUUAUUGGAACUUCUACGUAACAUCCAGCUUAGCCAAAACGGUCACUCCGGAGGAACGACCAGCAGUUCAGUGGGUAGUACUUUGGCUCGUACUCCACCUAUAGUUCAACGAAGAGCCUUGUUGGACGAACUUGCUUGUUUACAAUGCCUUCUUUGUUGUUGCGUGAGAUAUCACGACGCCGUACAUAGCUUGAUUGCUUCUACAGCAGGAUUAUACACAUUGGCAGUUUGUAUCAUGAGCAGUGUCAACAAGUCCAGGAUUAUUGCUCUACAGCUUUUAACAAAGGCUUGUGAAGCAUCCAGUAAAGGUCAUUCAGCAGUUUCGGAAGCAAUGACUACACUUCGGCUGAGAUAUGGUGAACCUGUAAGGUUCAGGUUUCUUAUAGGAAUGUUAACUUCUGCAGGUGGACAAGGCGAUCUCCUGGCAGCUGGUAUGCGAUUCAUUAAUGCCUUUUUGGAUAGCGCUGGAUCCACGCAAAGGAGAUUAUACGUCCAAGCUGAGUUAGAACAAGCUGGCUUUGAUAUUGCUAUCAUAAAAAAGAUUAUUCCAAUUAAUUCGCCAUCAACUGAACACGUCUUCAAGGAAUUUGAUCGUUGGGAAAAAAAUCACAUUGACAUAGAAACGAUGGCAAUUCGAUUGGAAAAUUCCGAAAAAGAUAACGACAAUCUCAGAGACAAAGUGGUGUUGUUGGAGCGAAGAAUACAAAUCCUUCAAGAAGAAAAGGGAAUCCUACUCUCUCUGGAGCAAUGUUUAAAAGAAAGAUGCAGUGAAUUGGAGAGAGAGAUUAAGUCCUUGAAACCAGGAAAAACUUAUCUCAUAAAAACUGACUGCUCGUUAUAUAGAAAAGAUCGAUCAACUCCAGCAGAUGACGAAGGUAUUUCAUCCUCAGAACGAAGUUUGACGCCGGAAGACGAAAUGAGAAACGAAACAUCCGUUUGCAGCAAUUAUAACCAAACCGCAUCCACAAUUCCAAAAGACAAACAUUCGGAAUACCACAACUCUGACGAAGAGGAAACGACAAUAGAAGAAGUGAUCGAGGAACUUCAGAAUAUAGUGAACAAAGAAGAGACUAACAACUACAUCGAAGCCAACAAAUCCAAAUUGAUCCUCUCAAAUGAUCAUAACAUCAGCAGAGUAAAUUCGAUGACUUUGGAUCCAGUUAUUUUCGAUGACGAAAUGGAAAUCAUUCCAACGAAUAUCCAUCCUCAUCCUCCCCGUAGGGUAAAAAGUCUCGUUCAAAUGUUCCUUCCAACUGACGAUUAUGGAUACACCCAAGAAAACAUCUACAUGGACAACGGAACUCCUUUCACCAGCGAAGAAGGAUCCGAUUCUUUGUUAAGUGCCUCUAAAUGUCACCCACAAAGAGUUGGAAGCACCGCUAAUUGUAAAAAUACAACCAUCAUCAAACUCAAUAGCGAAAACACUCCUGACCAAAAGAUCUACGACCAGAUCUACUCGACAACGUACGAGCCAAUCAACAACAAACCUCCCCAGUCGUUCGGGGUUUUCUUCAACUCAGUAAAAUCUCUAAACGACAAUCUUCAUCACGAUUUUGCCGCUGCAAGUACAACGUUAUCGAAGCAGACGAAGAAACGUUUGAUGACCGCCAGGCAACGUGCGGUGAACAAAAUUAAGUCCAAAAGUUUGGACAGAAUAGAAGACGGUCUGGACGCCAUGGUUGAUAUCAUAGUGACGGACAGGAAACUGAAUCUACAGAAGGAUCUGCAAAACGAACUCACCGCAAACCACAGUCAGUACAUCAAGAGUAAUCCUGGAUCCCAGAAGAGCGAAGAGACCUGCAAAGUAAUUUUACCCAAAGAUCAGAGCCAAUAUUUUCCACAGGUAAAUGAAAAAUGUUCUAAUAACGGGAGCUUUGUAGUUAAAAGGGGUUACAACAAUGUCGGUCUCUACUCCAGUUGCAACCUUACAAAGACGACACUUAGCGUACCUGCACCCCCUAAAAUUGAAACGUACUGUCACAAAAAAGUCAACCGAUUGCAUAGCGUUAGUAAACUGGCAGACUUGCCGUCUGGUUUAUACUGAGAAAUUUAUUUAUGGACCUCUUAUACCGGGUGUCCAACUUUUAAAUGAUUAUUCGAUUAAAAGAUCCGGUGCUAAAUUAUAAGAAAAGAUCUCUUGGACAUCCGAUAUACGAACGCAAAUAUAUGAAUAUAUUUAUAUACUUUUACAACGAAAUGUGCAAUUUUAAUAUUAAGGUUAUUGAAAAUCUACAAUCAGGCUGUUUGAAAAUUACUUCUGGAACGCCUUGUAUUGUACCUAUAUCGUUUUAGUAAAACAGCAAAUUAAGUUUAAUUAAGAACAAGCUUAGAACCCGAUACAUUAUUAUUUAUUUCAUAUCCGCAUUCAUAAAUAAUUAUUAUAUAAACAUAAAGAAAUAUACCCUGACUACAGAGUCCUUAGUACCUAUAACGAUUAAGUUUUGUUUAUGUAAAUAUUUUUUUUGUUUUUUUUUUUUAAUAAAUAAACUUUAAAAUCCGCUCCUAUAAAA